AUAUAAAAUAAUACAAUUAUAUACAAAAUAUACAAUUUAAAUAUGGUGUGUAGCCACAAUUGUCUUGUCUGAAUUGUUUACCCACUACAACUAUGGCACUACAUGUGGAUGUGAUCGUAUUGAUUAGCAUACAAGACUGAGCUGGAAAAAAGAAAGUAGGUGCCUCAAGCUGUUGAUAGUUUAGCUUUGCACAUAAAUCUGGCUCUGAUGAAAACAUUUGUUACAUUUAAUUCACUUUAAGUAUUCUAUAAUAUUCUUAAGUUUAAGAGGCUCAUUCUGUAUAUAACUUAAUAUACAGAAUUAAAAUCAAAUUUCGUUUGGUUUUUAUUUUUAAAAUUUUCUCUCAGAACAAAUGAAAGAAUGUCCUGGUUCCCUGUAUGAUGUCCCACUUCCCAAUCCCAUACCUGUUCCUAACGUCCAAAAAUCAUGUACCUCCUCCUCUUCUUCAGCAGAAAAUGAUUAUUUAGGAAUGCUUGGUUUCAAGCCCGCUGAUGUUGAUAAUUUGGAACCUCAUAAAAAGCUACUCUUGGGUUUAGAUACUCCGAAAGAACUCUUAGAUAAUCUUAGUAGUUUAUCAAUUGAUAAUCCUUCAGAUUCUUUGGAAAAUUUAACAGAUAAUGUUCAAGAGGAAAAGUUAGAGGAUUAUACAAUAAAAGAGAACGUUCUGUCGGAGAGUCAACAAGAAUUAGCGAAAAUUUUAGAAUCUUACAAAUAUGGCAAACCAUUAUCUGAAGUAAUAAAUCAUUACAAUAGCUGGAGAAACAAGUAUGAAGAUUCUUUGGAUGAAACUAAGGAAUGUUGGAGAAAAUUAUAUAAGGAAUCGCAAAAAUCAAAACAGAUGAAGAAAUCGCGUGGAUUUUCUGAAUUAAGGCAGUUAAUAUCUAAUGUUUUAGGUAAAAAGGAUAGAAAAGUGAAGGCUGCAGAUUCUUAUGCAAGACCGGGGAGAAGUGAAAAAUCUGAAGACGACAUCUUACGUCCUGUUAGUACUUUAAGUACAAUAUCUUCAGUUAGCAGUUCCAGUUCCUCCUCGAGUGAUAGAUUUAGUCUAGGAAGCACUUAUGACAGUGGAAAUCAUUCGGACUCCUGUGAAGAAGUAAAUCGUUCAAAGGAUUCUAUGUUAGGAAAAGAUUUACAAAAUAGUGGUGUAUGUAAUAAAUCACUGUCCGAAAGGCCUCCAGCUCCUCCUCCCCGACCGUCCAUCUCUCUCCCGAUUGCUAGAAAGAAACCGAAUUUGAAGCAUACGUACUAUGUUUUCCCUCCAGUGCCUACAAGGGAUAAAAUGGAAUCAGUUUCACCUGAUUACGUUCAACCAGAUAUGGACUGUUAUCUUCCUGCCAGUAAAAUUGAUGCUACCAUAAAUAAAAUAUCAGGUAAACAGCUUCCUGCAACACCAAAGAAACCAUCAAAAAGUAUUUUCAAUAUAGAAUCCAAUCAACGAGAUAGAUCAUUGAACAAAGUCCUACCUACUGUCUACAAAAGACAGAAUGGUAGUUUGUCUUCUCAAUCCUCUACAGUGCACGAAGAAGACGAAUGCCAUUAUUAUGAUAUACCUGCAGCACCGGUACCAGUCAACAAGAGUAAUACCAAAGAUAAUCAUCAUUUGCAGAAUGAGGAUUCAAAUUAUGACAUUCCUAAAUCUUUAUCCAAAAUGAAUCAGCACAGAAGGCAGAGUUCUUCCAACGAGCCAACUUACAUAGAGGUAUUCGUGUCGGGUGACGAUCACCUCGUCAACAACGGAAAUUUAGAUUACGACAUUCCCAAGCCUUUCUGUUACGAGAGGAACUUCAAAAGUAAUUCUUUACCUCGACAAACCAAUACAUAUGCAGGAAUAAUUAACCAAAAGGAAAAAAGUGCACCCAAUUAUUAUAACGUUUUGCCCGUAAACGACGAGCAGUUCGAGAGCAUCCCGGAUGAACUUCCUCCGCCGCCUCCUUCCGACGAGGACAAUGCAUAUAACGUAAUGGUGCCAAUAUCGUCACCAAAUUCUGAAAGACAUUUACCGGUAACAUCUUUGCCAUCUAGAACUCAAUUUGAUAUUAAAAGUAAAUAAUACAAACAAUAGGAAAAAUUUAUGUAAUAUACAUAAUUAGUUUAAAUUAAUAUUUAGGCAAUAGCAGUGUUAUAAAUGGUGAUACUGAUUGUCCAAGGCCCAUUUUGUACUGUUCAGAGUUCAUUUUCAGAAUAUUUUAUUAUAAUUAUCAUCUCAUGUUGCAGUAUAACCAUUUAAAAAAUAUUUUGAAUAAUUAUAAGAUUAAAAAAGUAUUGGGCUUUAAUUACUUUUAAAGGUAAAAAUUAUUUAUAUUUUAACAUAAAAUCCAUUAAGCAUAAUUUGAGCUUAAUUGGAGAAAAUACUAUGUUUCAAAUGUUUAUUUUUAAUAAGUUGUUCAGAAUGUUGCUGUAUUUCAUACAUAAUGAAUCCUGUUAUUUUAGAUUCCAUUUUCAAAUUACCAAAAUCUGGUAUGGUAAGUUAAAUAUAAUAGUUAAAGUACUUAGAUCAAAUGAUUAACAUUUACAAAUAAGAAUUUUUGUAAGUAAUUUGUAAUAUUAUUUAAUGUUAUAUGCAAAAGAUACAUUAUCUAUUGUAAACAUUACUGUAUGUUUUGAAUAAAUGUUACAAUAUAAAAAUUAUAUUUUUGUUGCAGAUGUGACUUGUUACUUAUCCGGUUCAGAAAGUUAUACAUAACGAAACUUGAUCCAUUUUAAAUCCCUUUCAAACUCCGAAUUUUUGUCAAGGACACCAAAACUGCAUAAACCAUUUUUAGAUUUUAACUCUUCACUUUACAAGUGUUAAGAUGACCAUUAACUGUGCCCGUCAUAGGUUCAGCCAGGGCUAACCUGUGACGGGCUAUAAUAAUGGUGCAACCAAGUGGCAAGGAGCACAACCCAAUAGAUCUGGGGCAGCACGCUUGUAAAUUUUUCUAAUUUACCCAAACUCUAGAGCCACAGGUGUCUUUAUUGAUUUGACUAUCUAAUCUUGUUUAAAAUAUUGGUUAAUGUAAAAUGAAUGUUUUGUGACACAGCUAAAGAUUUGUUGAUGACAGCCUAAAGUGGCAAGAGCAUCGGCCUACCACUGAAGGAUCUGGGAUCAAAUCCGGACAGUUAAAAACCCCAGAAAGGUUUUGAGAUGGUCUGUCUCAGAUACAUAGGACCCAUUGUGGAUCUCACCAACUAAUUAUGGGUUUGAAAAAGGCCUUUUUUGUGCCUGCAGAUGGGAAAGAGUAAAAAAGAAAUAUAUAUAUAUGUACAGCAUAUAUAUACAGUUAUUAUUCUAAUAAAUUAAUUUUUCUCUGUUAGAAUAUUAAAAAAAAAAGAUUUAUGAUGAUUCAAUCUUUAAACAGUCCAGAUGCUGAAGUUCUUACAGAUGAGAUGAUUGCUGAAACAUUUUUAGGGCAUAUCAUUUUGUCCUUAGCAUUUUAAUUUGUUUUGUGCCUAAAAACAGUUUUUCCUUUAGAUUAUUUCACAAUUCUGAAUUUAUUCCUCAUGAUGAAAAAAUGAUAAACUGCAAUUUAGUAUAAUGGAUAUUAUAAUUACUAUUAAUACUUUUUAUGAUCUGACCAAUUUAUACAAGCAUUUAUAAAUUAAAUAUUGAAAAGAUAUAUUAUAAAUAUUGUAAGAAGACUGCAUUGGACUAGAUAUGGACACAUUAUAAAGACAAGCAGAAACAGAUCACGGAAGACUUAAAAGGAAAGUGGAUCACCACUCAGGUAGAAAGAUGACAUCAGAGUAGACAUGGUGGCAAUGGAAAGAGAUAGUUGAAUUGAAGAUGGAAUGGGCUGGCACAAGAUAGAAAGAAGUGGAAGAAACAUGUGAUCAAGUUUCCCCGAGAAUUUAGAUAUAUAAAUAUUACUUUAUGUUGACGACAGCCUGAAGAAUCAGUGUACCACUGGAGGACCCAGGAUCAAAUCCAAGCAGUUAAAAACUCCAGAAAUGUUGGUCAGAUAUGUAGGCCCAUUCCUCUCAACCCAGCCACCCCCAUUUUGGAUCUGGUCAAACUCAUAAUGGGCUUGAAAAAAAGCCUUUUCAGUAUCUGUGGGAAAAGAAUAAUACAAUAUAUAUAUAUAUAGUUUUAAUGUAAAUUGACCAUAAUAUAUCUACAGUAUUUUAAAUGUUUAUACAGUAUAAUGUUUACACACUAUUUUAAGUGUUUUAAAUGUUUUUGGGAUAAGAAUAAAAUAUCAAAAGCAAACACUUGAGUGCUAUUCACCGUGUGAUAAAAUGAUAGAAUCCAUAUUUAUAUGGAUGUGGUCCCAAAAAUACAAGGUAGCACAAAUCAGUUAAUUCUGUUUAUUUUUAAUGGUUCUUAAAAAAAUUUCAUCUGUUAAAGCAUUGUGACUUGUGUAUUGAGGAAUUUUUUUUAGUUUUUAAGUGAUUAAAAAUAUUUUAAAAAUACUUGCGUAAGGCACUAAUUUAGUUUUUACAAUGGUUAAUUGACUUUUGGGCUACCAGUAUAUAUGUUUCUUGCAGGUUGCAAGCGUUAUUAGCAGUUGUAUAUAAAGGGCAUUGAUGCCAUUAAAUUUUCGAGUACGGAAAUCGAAGGAUGGACAUAAACGGGGGAGUCAUUUGCCAUAUCUCGAGUAGGGUCAGACUUAAUGAAAAUUACAAUCGUUAUUGGCAUUUGCAAUAUUUUAAAACUCAUCUCUACCCUUAAAAUUAAGCCCAUUUUUUUUGCUGUUUUUAAUUAAAAUUUUAUUAACCUAUCAGUGGUUGAGUGAAUGAAACCAGUAAUAUUGUAAUACUGGUAGUUGGUGGAGGGUUGGCACCCGACCAACGAGUUGGUCACGCGGAGUUUUCUGCAUUUUCUUCGCGAGCACCUAAAUAGGGGCCGGUUUCCCGUAGAGAUUUUCCUCUGAUCUGCCAGGAAAACUUUCUUCUUGGCAGAUCACCCAUGUGUUGCAUUGCUUUAAACCAUCAAACCAAUGUUUGUUGAUAUCAUACUGUAUCACUAGGCAGUAUGUCAUGGGACGUUAUUUUACGGGCAAAAACGGAAAUUGCCUGGAGCCCCCAUCAACGGGAUUCCAAACCAAUCUUUUAUAUACUCAUUACUGUAGUAAGGAUAUUGAAAUUUAAAUAUGGGCCAUUCCGGGGAUCCUAUCUUGCAGGUGUGGCGCAGUUGCAGGAUGCGAUUGGGCAGCACAGAAUGCAUUAAAAACAAAAAUCCCCAUUAUAAAUUUCCCCGGAGAAAAAUGUUUGAAAUCAACACUACAUGAGACCCCCUAAUUCAAAUUUGACUGGGCGUCCAGGAAGCUAUAAUGUGUAGUAUUCGUGUGAUUGGAGCAGUACGAUCCACGAAUGAAACGUACAGAAAGGAACCUAAGACAGUUACAAUUAUAAACACUCUCCUUUAUUCAAUACGAACAGAUUCGGUUUCAUCAGGAAUCCCAACUAUUUUGUGAUUUAACUUUACCAACU